AUGGCGAUGCGAUCGACCAGUCUGACUAGGCAAAUAUGCCGCCCAACGGUCUGGUCUCUCACAGCCUCAACACAUACCGGGCUGAAAAGUAGGAACCUACGCGAUGCGUGUACAGGCCACAUCCAGCCCGCUCAAGCUCCGGCUUUCGCUCCAACACGUUCGGUGACCGGAUUACCUGUACUAAACCGUCGAUAUGCCACUACCAAGUCUUCCACACAAUCCUUUGGUACUGGCGACACAGGUAUCACGGGCGCACCCGAUAUCACCGAUUACUACACCAUCUUCCCUCGCACAAUUCCCGCCGGCCCACCGCCAGCCUCAUCCUUCGAUAUUUCAAUUGGCGAUCUUCGUCGCGAGUUCCUGCAACUACAAAAUCUAGUCCAUCCCGACAAAUACCCCUCUGGCGAUGCGAAACAACACGCCGAGGCAAUAUCGGCCCGCAUCAACGAGGCCUAUCGCACUCUUCUGGACCCACUCCAGCGGGCACAAUAUCUUCUUCGCGAGUGGCACGGAAUCGAUGUCACUGCCGAAGAUGGGGCUUCGAAACACGCGCUUGACCCGCAGACCUUGAUGGAGGUUAUGGAGGUACAAGAGACGAUUGAGGAAGUCGGCGCGUCACCAGAGGCCGAGGCCGAGAUCAACGCGUUAAAGAAAGAAAAUGACCAGCGUAUUGAGGCUUGUGUCAAGUCUCUGGGUGAUGCAGUCGAUCAGGGCGAUAUUGAGACCGCGCGAAAAGAAUGCGUUCGGUUGCGUUUCUGGUACAGUGUGGGCGAGGGGCUGCGGGAGUGGGAGCCAGGUAGCACGGAGAUUAGACUGGUGCACAGCAGCUGA